AUGGCCACAGCCAACACUCCCCAACCAAUCCGGCCCCUCCUCCCCUCCUCCUCUUCGUCCUCCAUACCACCAACAGCACCACACCAACCACAACCCCCCUCCACCAGCAUAACCCUCACCAACCCCUCCCUCGCCAAAACCGACUCGGCCCGCUGGUCCAUCCUCUCCUCCCGCGCCUGCCCCCGCUCCGCCACCCCACCCUUCAUCUACGCCGUCACCACCACCCACAUCUUCUGCCGGCCCACCUGCCCCGCUCGCCUCGCCCGCCGCGCCAACAUCGUCUUCUUCGACACCGCCGGCGACGCCGCGCGCGCGGGCUUCCGCGCCUGUAAGCGCUGCAGACCGGACGUUGUGCCGGUCACCACGGGUCGCUCGGCAGACGACACCAGCGGCGGUGACGGCAGCGGCGGCGACGACGCAGACGACGUCGUGCCCGUGGGCGAUGGGGAGGAGGGCCGACGCAAAGUCCAGCAGGCCGUGCGCGUGAUUCGCGAGCGGGCGGCGCGGGGCCGGCGCAUCGGGCUGCGCGAGCUGAGCGAGGAGGUCGGACUGAGUCGCUGGCAUCUGCUGCGCGUGUUCCGGAAGCGUUGGGGCGUGACGCCCAAGGAGAUGGGCGAGGCGUUGCAGGCCGCCGGCGGCGGCACGAGGGCAAGGGCGAAUCCUUCCCCUGAUGAGGCGAGGGACGGCAAUCAUAGCACGCCGUCCGCGCUGGCUGGUACGGUGGCCGGUGACGCUGAGACUAUCAGUGAUGCGUCGAAUGUCACGCCUGCGACGCCGGCGGUGGAUCUCCAAGGGCAUGAUGCUUUUACCAUGGAAGGACGCCCUCAACCGGGAGCUCUGUUUGACGAUGCAUUUCUGGAUUUUGAUUUUGCAGCUCUGGAUCAUGUGGACCUCACCGCGCCGGAGCUGUGGACGACCACUGGUGAGGAUGGCGAAGGGUUGCUCAUGGAUCUGUUUCCAGAGGUGUAUCAGUAUGAUGCGAAGACUCAAAGUUCUGUUCUGUAA